CUGUUGGUGGAUUGGAUCGAGGCGUCUGGACUACAUACGGGUGAGAGUAACAACGUAGAGACAGACGGCCCUCAGAUGUUCGCCAUAGCCAUGACUGUGAGUCGUCUGGCCACGUGCUUCUUCACCUUUGAAACCAUUGAUAUAGCCAGUAAAUUCGGGGUGUAUGGUUUUGUACCUGCCCUGGAGCCGUUGCUGCCACUUAUGGCUCAGCUGAGUACAGCGUGUCUGCAUAGAGCACAAACCGAAUCGUUUGGGGAGAACUACAACAUAGAGGCCUUUGACUUGUUGCUAGAUGCAUGGGUGACCCUAGUGAGCGAUCAACAAUUCCCCACACAUUCCGUGUUUAAAUGGACCAAUGAGAUCUUCCGAACAUUUGUGGCGGCACGGGUGGAGAGUGAAAUGAAGGCCACACUGGAAGAUGCCGAUGAGGAGUACUUUGAGGAAGAAAAUGACGUUCUAAAUAUGGACAGUCAGAACCUAAAUAUGGCAGCCUUGGCGAGGUUAACACCCGCCGAAUCUAUUGAAUUGGUCUCAAAAGAAAUCCAGGCCAAGGUGGUGGCCCUACGCACCACGACAGAGGGUCUACCCAUUUUAGGCGCGCUGCACCAGCUGAUCCUCAUAGCGGGGUAUCUAAUAGCCGAUCCGCAGGACAGAGGAGAGACACCCUCCAUUCCAGAAGAGAUAUGCACCAUGCUAACAAACACAGCCACGCCCACCCAGGCACAGGCCAACAACCACGCACACCACGAGCCGCUCAUG